UAAUGUAAUCGUUUGAAUCAUUAAAAUAAUGCAAUGUGUAUUUAUCAUUCAAAACACUUUUUAUCACUGCUUUCAAUUCAUAAAUUCGUUUUGUAUACAUCCAAGUGCGAAUUCCAAACCGUUGUGACAUCAACACACAAUGUACAAAGACAAAAAAACUGUAGGAAGUGGAAUGAUCAAGUAAUGUAUGAUAACUAGAUUCACUUCUCCACUACUGAACCACCAACUGCUAUCAUCAACCCGACCGGCUUUAUCGACUCUAGUCAAUCAAACAGUAAGCUCAUAUCAAGUAUCUAUCAGGCUAUUCACUUCUCCACUACUGAACCACCAACUGCUAUCAUCAACCCAACCGACUUCAAACAGUAAGCUCAUAUCAAGUAUCUAUCAGGCUAUUCACUUCUCCACUACUGAACCACCAACUGCUAUCAUCAACCCGACCGGCUUCAAACAAUUCACUUCUCCACUACUGAACCACCAACUGCUAUCAUCAACCCGACCGGCUUUAUCGACUCUAGUCAAUCAAACAAUUCACUUCUCCACUACUGAACCACCAACUGCUAUCAUCAACCCAACCGGCUUCAAACAGUAAGCUCAUAUCAAGUAUCUAUCAGGCUAUUCACUUCUCCACUACUGAACCACCAACUGCUAUCAUCAACCCGAC